AUGGCCUCCCGGUCAUACGCACCUCUACGGAGGUCGCUUGCUCACUUGUCUACACGCAACACUCGCAUUGCCAGCUCCCGUGUGGGCCAUGCGAUCCGCGGCUAUUCUACCGGACAAAAGCCGCCUCAGCCAAAGCCAUUCACCGUCUGGCGGCCCUAUCUGCGCCUUGCUUUUGGCGUGCCAUUCAUUGGCGCAAUUAUAUACUCCAUGAUGACAGAAGAAGUGACGGAACUCGAUGCUCCCUCGAUCGUCGAGGUGGAUGAAGCCCUCAAGCAAUCGUCGAAGAUCAACGACUCCUCGCCGAUGCGUUUGCGGAUGGAAAAGCUGAUCAAGCAACACCAACAAAAGAUCAUCGAGGAACUUGGCAGAAUAGAUGGGCAAGAAUUCAAGACCGAUACCUGGUCUCGCCCCAACGGUGGUGGUGGUAUCUCAUGUGUACUACAAGAUGGAAACGUCUUCGAGAAAGCGGGUGUCAACGUCUCUGUGGUGUACGGCAAAUUGCCCCGAUCCGCCAUUGAAAAGAUGCGUGCCGAUCACAAGUCCUUUGUCGGUUCGGAUGUGGAGUCGCUGGAUUUCUUCGCGGCUGGUCUCUCGCUAGUACUGCACCCUCACAACCCCAUGGCACCGACGGUGCAUCUCAACUACCGAUACUUCGAAACCUCCGACCCCAAGGACCCUAUCAACGGAGAUAAGAAUUGGUGGUUCGGAGGUGGCACGGAUCUGACCCCGACUUACCUUUUCCCGGAGGAUGCCCAACAUUUCCACAAAACAAUCAAGGAUACCUGCGACCGCCACGACGCGACAUAUUACCCCAAGUUCAAGGCUUGGUGUGAUAAGUACUUCUACAUCCCCCACCGCGGGGAGUGUCGCGGUGUUGGAGGUAUCUUCUUCGAUGAUCUCGACGCCAACUUCCUCCAGACCUCUGCCGGCUCCUCUUCCAAUCCCCAGGAGACCCUGUUCUCCUUUGUUUCCGAUGGAUUGGCGUCUUUCCUCCCGUCCUACGUGCCUAUUAUCGAGCGACGCAAGGACGAACUUUAUACCCCCGAGCAAAAGCAAUGGCAGCAGCUUCGUCGGGGCCGCUACGUUGAAUUCAACCUUGUUUACGACCGUGGAACCAGCUUCGGACUCCGCACGCCAAAUGCCCGCAUCGAGAGCAUUUUGAUGAGUCUUCCGCGGACCGCUAGCUGGGCCUACAUGGACCCAGUCUCCGGCACCCGGACAGAGAACAUGACUGUGGAUGAAGAUGAUCUGGCAGAGGAUAAGAAGAGUGAGAAAGAGCUGAUGGAUGUUCUCCGACACCCUCGGCAGUGGGCAUGA